AUGGAAAUCCCUUAUGACCCCGCUAGCUCACCCUGUGAUCCUACUUUCAUUCUGGUCUGUGCACCCUGUAAUGUGAUUUGCUCAGUUGUUUUCCAUCAUCAUUUUGAUUAUAAAGACCAGGAUUUGCUUAACUUGAUUGGAAAACUUGAUGAAAAUGCCAGCCUUCUAAGUUCACCAUGGAUACAGGUCUGCAAUGCUUUUCCUGUAAUCCUUGAUUAUUUUCCUGGGAGUCAUAAAAAAGUACUUGAGAAUGUCAAGUAUAUGGAAGCCUUUUUUUUGGAGAAAGUUAAAGAACACCAAGACACUCUUGACAUUAACAAUCCUCGAGACUUCAUUGAUUGCUUCCUGAUAAAAAUGGAACAGGAAAAGCACAAUAAACAGACUGAAUUUACUACUGAGAACUUGUUAAUAACUACAACUGACCUGUUCGGAGCUGGGACAGAGACAACAAGCACCACCCUGAGAUAUGGACUCCUACUUCUGCUGAAGCACCCUGAGGUCAGAGAUAAAGUCCAGAAAGAGAUUCACCAAGUGAUUGGCAGUCACCGAGACCCCUGCAUGCAAGAUAGGGCCAAUAUGCCUUACACAGAUGCUGUGGUGCAUGAGAUCCAGAGAUACAUUGACCUUCUCCCAACCAACAUGCUUCAUUCAGUGACUCGUGAUGUUAACUUCAGAAAUUACCACAUUCCCAAGGGUACGGCCAUAUUAACUUCACUGACUUCUGUGCUUCACAGUGAAAAAGAAUUUCCCAAUCCAAAGACAUUUGACCCUGGCCACUUUCUGGACAAAAGUGGCAACUUUAGGAAGAGUGAUUAUUUCAUGGCUUUCUCAGCAGGCAAACGUAGUUGUUUGGGAGAGGGACUGGCCCGCAUGGAGCUGUUUUUAUUUCUGACCAGCAUUUUACAGAAUUUUACCUUGAAGCCUCUGGUUGACCCUAAGGACAUUGAUGUCACCGCAGUUAACAAUGGAUUUAUAUCUGUGCCACCACCCUACCAGCUCUGCUUCAUUCCUGUUUGA